AUGGAAAAUACCCUCGAUACCCAGAGUCGCCAACCACUAAGAUCGAUAAACCCUACGUACCAAUUACUUUCACAGGUUUUGCUAGCAAAGAAAUUUGAGCACUGA